GAGCUGGGGAGCUGAGCAGAGUCAUGGGUUCUCUGGUCCUGCAGCUGAGCGCUGUCUUCUGCCUGAUGGCUCGCUCGGUUUCUGGCAGCCCCAUCAUGGGCCUUGAGCAGUCUCCCCUGGAAGAAGACAUGCCCUUCUUCGAUGAUGUCUUCACGGAGCAAGACGGUAUGGACUUCAAUACACUGCUGCAGAGUAUGAAAGACGAGUUUCUCAAGACAUUGAACCUGUCCGACAUUCCCCAGCAGGACACAGCCAAAGUGGAUCCGCCAGAGUACAUGCUAGAACUCUACAACAAAUUCGCCACGGACCGGACCUCCAUGCCAUCUGCUAACAUCAUCCGGAGCUUCAAGAAUGAAGAUCUGUUUUCUCAACCGGUCAGUUUUAAUGGGGUCCGGAAAUACCCUCUCCUCUUCAAUGUGUCCAUCCCGCACCAUGAGGAGGUCAUCAUGGCUGAACUCAGGUUGUACACACUGGUACAAAGAGAUCGUGUGAUGUAUGAUGGUGUGGACCGGAAGAUCACCAUCUUUGAAGUACUGGAGAAUGUCGAGGGUGGCAAGGAUGAAAGGAGCAUGCUGGUCUUAGUGUCAACAGAGAUCUAUGGAAUCAGCAGUGAGUGGGAGACAUUCGAUGUCACGGAUGCCACCAGACGGUGGCAAAAGUCAGGCCCAUCUACCCAUCAGCUGGAGAUCCACAUCCAGAGCACACAAAACCAAGCUGAGGACACUGGAAGGGGACAACUGGAAAUAGAUAUCAGUGCCCAGAAUAAACACGACCCUUUGCUUGUUGUGUUUUCUGACGACCAAAGCAAUGACAAGGAGGACAAAGAGGAACUGAGUGAAAUGAUUACUCACGAGCAGGAUCUGGACCUGGACCUGGACAUGGAUGGUUUUUCCAGCAGGCCUGAUGAAGAGGCCUUGCUGCAGAUGAGGUCUAACAUGAUUGAUGACUCUACUGCUCGAAUCAGAAGGAAUGCCAAGGGAAACUACUGCAAGAAGUCCUCACUCUACAUUGACUUCAAGGAGAUUGGUUGGGACUCCUGGAUCAUCGCACCACCUGGGUAUGAAGCCUAUGAAUGCCGUGGUGUCUGUAACUACCCUCUGGCAGAGCACCUCACACCCACAAAACAUGCUAUUAUCCAGUCUUUAGUCCACCUCAAGAAUUCCCAGAAGGCUUCCAAAGCCUGCUGUGUGCCCACGAAGCUGGAUCCUAUCUCCAUUCUCUAUUUAGAUAAAGGUGUUGUCACCUACAAGUUUAAAUAUGAAGGAAUGGCUGUGUCUGAAUGUGGCUGUAGAUAGGAGUCCCAUGGCUUAUUUAAUAACUGCAAAUGUGUAUAUUUUGUGUUUUAUUUAAUGAAACUAUUUAAUGAAGGUGUACAGAUAAUAGAGGUUGCCACCAUAGGGAAGUGGACAGGUCAGUGUGCUGUAGAAAAUUCAUAUUUUGCUAUACAAUCCAGUCCCUUCCACUUAUUUUCUUUGGACUCUCAUUUCCCAGUGAUACCAUCUCUAACAACAAAACACAGGCCCGUACCACUUAUCCUCUAUGUCAUUUUGGAAAGAGCAGUCUCUAAAAGGAAAUAGUGUCAAUACAUUUGUGCAUGUCCAUGCAGGUGCACAUGGACUUAUGGAAAUCAUUUUGUCCAACAGAGGUAGACUAUAUUGAUACAUGUGAGUGGCUUCCUCCAGGGUAUAGGAUUUGGGAUAAGAAAGUUCAUAUCAGGAGUUUAACCUAGAGAAGCAUAUUUUCCAAAUGUUCUGGGAAUGUGAACAUAGUUCUUUUCAGUUGUAUCUGCCAUGGUUCAGAGCAGCAGGCUGGAUGAGCAAGCUGCAGGCUCAAGAGGAGAGUGGCGUUGUCAGAUACAUGAAGUAAAUGGCCCUGACAGGCAAUGGUCCCAGAGAUGCACUUGCAAAGAAUGGGCCCCUGAGCCAUGUACUCCAAAGGACAGUGCCUGAUCAAGUAAUAUGAGGGUAGGGGAAUGUCAGGACUGACUCCCCCUCAGUCAACAGGAGCAAGGCCACAUGUGCCAGCCUUUACUGCCAUAUAGAGCUAUGGAGGUGGUGGUGGGGGCACAGAUGCUGUCCUCAGGUGUGAUGGUAAAAUAAUCACAAUUCGAAUGGAAUAGCUAAAUCUUUUGGAACAAAAUAAAAUGAUCCAAGACUAAGAGGACUAUGGAAAGGGAGCUAUUUGAUGGACUCUACCGAACAUAGUCUUCAUUUUCUGACUUCCCUCUCUUGCUGGCCACCUCUGAUUUCUCUCACCUUCUUUCCUUUGUUGAACUUCCUGUCCAUCAUGCCUCUUGCUUUCUCUCCCUUCAUCACCCAUGACCUGGGCUGGAAGGAGGCACUUGAAAGCAUUUUCACUCAGUGUGAAAUCAGUUAGUGAUCUGAUUUCUAGACUUAUUCUGGAAAUUUAACCUGACUCGAUUUUAGCUAUAUCCUUUCAGGUAUGAUUUUUGUGAAGAACACAGAAUAGAAGAAGACUAGAGUUGGAGCAAAUACAUUCAAACCCAUGAAUUAGUAGACUCAUAAGCAGGUGACUCAAAUGUGGAGCUUAAACUUAGAAAUCAGCCUUGGUCUUGGAAGGAACCCUGUAGCAUUUCCAUUCUUCCCACUCUGCUCUCCUUGCAGUUUGAAACUAUUGUCCAACCCUGCCCUAUUGGUUAUAGAUAUUAAUUUCAAACUACCUAUCAACUUCCUUUCCAUAAACUUCUUUGGGUUAUACAUUCAGAUUGUUCUCUCAAGGAAAGGUAUUUUCUGAAUUUGAACUUCAGCUCCGGAUAUCUAGUUGGUCAAAAUGCAACUCUCAGAGAAGUUGUUGCCCUGGAACAACUUCUUUGAUCCUAAGUGGGAGCACAGUGAGGGACAUUGAAUUGGCUGAGAUGGAUAUUCAACUAAGAAGCAUCCACAUAGCCUCUUUGUAACAUCAUAUGUUUGAGCACAUGCAUAAAUCUGUAUACAUACAGCUGGCACUGAAUAGCCAUGCCAGCAUCUCCUGAAGAAAUGGUACAGCCUUCAUACUCUAUGGUACACCACACAUACUCAUACUCCACGGUACUGCCGGUCCUUUUUUCUCAAGGACACUAUCAUAGACAUUUAUAAAAUCUCAGCUUGGCAGAAAUAGUUUCUUCUUAGGUUCUAGUCAUGGCUCUAGAACCAGACUAGGGCAGAUAGAAGCUCAGCUUUGUGAUUUCAAUAGUUUAGAUGUGUCAUGUGAUGCCGAAUGACUUGCAAACUCCAGGAAAACAUGACAGCCAGAGCUGGGAAAGUGCAUGCUCUCUGGCCAUAGAACACCACUGACAUUAACAUCUGAUACGAGAGGUGUCAGCUCUUGUAUCCCACCAUGCUCACUGCUGCUCACCCAAUCAGCUCCUCAAGAGACUUAGCUGAGCUAUUGAAGAGAGGUGACAGUUGAGACUUGUCUGCAUAUCUUACAUGCUGCUCCAUUUGCUAGAGUGCAAUUAUGAGCUGUAUUUUUCAUGAUGGUCUUCUUGUAGAAAGGUUGAAUAGUCACAUAUUGGAUAUUCAGGUGUUUCUGUUUUCAUUAUUGUUAUGAAUUUUGCUGCCUUAUCAGAAAGUGAAAUGACAAAAGCCAUAAAUAGAAGCAUUCUUCUUGCUUCUCCCAGCAGCUGCGUGCAGCCUGUCUACUUCAUUGCCUUAACCUGAAGCCACAGAAUGGGUAGGCUAUCAGGAAAUUAAAACUUUCUAUGAUGACAAAUCGUUCACUAUGGCCAGCCCAUACCAGUCUUGCUUUAUUUUUAUUUCUUAUGCUUCGAUGGCAAAAGCUGAUAAACCUAAUAUCUCUUGAGGGAAACUCUAGCAGGGGCACUUGGGCAUCCCAGCAUCAGAACGACCAUGUAAAAGUUUCUAGGCUUCUUACUAUUUAUUGAUCGUUAUAUUUAUUUUUGUAAUAUAGUGUAGAAUAUUGAAUAUUUUAUUUUUGUGUGUGUGACUCCCUCUUAAAAGAAUAGCUUUCCUUGCAGCCCAUAGUGUACCCUGCCCAGGGUUUAGCUCAAUUAGAAUAGAAAAGUGUGUAUGUUGCCCUCUGCUUUUUGCAUCAAACUUAUUUUAAGGGAUCUGCCCAUAGCUUUGUGUGUUUGUGUCUUGUGGGCAAGCUGUGAGCCCCUCCCUGUAUCUGCUGAUUUGUAAAUAGCAGACUUAAAACUGAAGUGCAGACGUUUCCAAAUAUAUUUUAUCAGUAAAUGGUAUGCCAUCCCCUAAAUCAACCUGACCAUUUCAUCACAAGAGAGAAACAUGGUCAGCCAUAAGCAAACAAUUAUUAAUCUGUAAACGGAAGUGGCAUUUCAUUGGACCCCCCAAAAUAGGGCCCUUUUUUUUCUAAAAAUAUCCAUUACCUACCUGAACCACCAACUCAAACACACAAUUGUACCAAAAAAAGCCAAGGGCAUUAAAGUAGUGAUUCAUCCAAACUAACCUUCUACAGCCUGCCCUUUCCCAGUGUGAAACAUUUAGUCUGGAAACUUAAUGAUGAAAUACUUUUUUAAAAUGGUUGCUAGAGUUUUAUCAUCUUUUUAUAGUUUAUAUUCUUCCAAUGAAAGGUAUGCUCAUAUGAAGGAAUUUAUCUCUCAAGUUUUACCAAAUUCAUAAGGUGCAGCAGUGUUUAGGUGAAACUUUUUGUCAUUCAUUUGCAGUGUAGCCUGUUUGAGUCAUUGAGCUUCAAACCUGCCCACUUAAUCCCCUCCACAACCCUGUAAGCUCAUGUGUGGUGGAAAAGGAACACUGGGUUCCUGUGUGUCUUCUUGUUCCCAAAGACAUUUGACUUUACACAUUUAGUGAAAGGGGGAAAGCUAACCUUGUACCAUAUCAGCCCAAAAACGAUGUUUCCACGCAGGGAAACAUAUCUGCAUGGAAACACCGCUUGGAGAAUGACCAUUUGCGGUAAUCAGUUCAUUUCUAUCUCACAUGUGCACUGGUGUUUGUGAGCUACUUGCCUAGUUGCCGUGUGGGAAUUGAUGCUAGCUCUCAUCCAGCAGGCUUGGGGGCAUCCAGGAAAUUAGUUGAUUCCUGGACACACUGAAUCAGCUAAGCACAGCCAUGUUCUUUGGUAAAGCAAGUUCAUUGUUCAUGUUCAGAUAUACUGACAUGUUCAGAUAUACUGACUUCAUGUUCAGAAGUCAGACAAAAAGGAAGAUGGAAUAAAUAUUUUACACUCUGUUCAUUAAACAAAUGUGUAUAUUAGAGUCAUCCUGUUAAAUAAAAUGGAAAAAUUAUUUUGACAAUAA